AUGGCUCACGGCCACCGCCAUUCUGUCUAUUCUACUGCCUCGGGGGCAAUGCCCUCCAAUCAACAGGCAUCAGGCAACAUCAAUACUUCUUCUUUGAUUGCCUCUCUUCACAAUGCAUUCGGGGCUGGCUCGUCCUUCCAGCUGGAUGCCAGCACUAGUCUUGUCGUGACUAGUGCUCUUGCCUCUAGUGGUUCAAAUGGUACCAUGGGUACCAACGUUGGUGCUUCCGGUGCGGAUACCAUCGAUACUUCUCUCACUUCGCGAGUAUGGGAACACGCUCGUCGACGUGCUGAGGAUCAGUGUGUCGUUCUUGCUUCUCUCACACCGGCAUCGACAACUCCUGCUCUUACUCCUCUCCUAGAUAGCUUCCCUCGUCCUCCGACAAUUCUAGCUUCUACUUUGAACACUAUCCGUCCAUUCCUUACUGCUCUCUCCCCGUUGGCUCCCCAGACUCCACUCCAUAAUGGUCUCGUUGUUACUCAUCACAUUUCCCUCGACGGAGAGCCAGUCUCGUGUUCUAUUGCCCUUACCCCUGAAGGCAUUGAUACAGCCAGAGGUCUUACACACAUUCCAGCUCAGGUUGGCUAUCGUGGUUUCGACGUUUUCUACUAUCUACUUUCAUCUGCCUCUUCUCCCCAAGAACGUGAAUACCUCUCCCUCCAAUCACCCGACAAAUAUGCCCUCCUUCGACGAUCCGGCACUUAUUUCCCACCAGCAUGGCAUCCAACUGCCGACGACGCUGCCGGUGCUGAGGACUUCCGACAAGGUCUUAGGGACAUUGGUAUCAAGGGUAGUCUGCUCAGAGGUGUUCUCUCGGUUCUUGCCGGUAUCCUCAAGCUAGGAAACACUAUUAGCGUUUUGACACCAGAUGAUGAAGUAGAGGAAGUCUGCGAGGAUGUUGCCGGUCUCUUGGGCAUCGAUCCUCAGGUCUUCGUCGAUAUGGGUGCUGAAGACCGUGAAAGAUUCAUCGGUACCGCUUAUGAGAACCUCGUCAAUUGGAUCAUCACCAAGGCCAACGCUGCCAUGGAAGCUCAAUUCAACGCCAAAAAGGAAUCCGGUGACAGCAGCAAUGGAGACACUGUUGCUAUCUCUCUCGUCGAGAUCCCCAACGAAGCUCAAGCCAAGGCCCUAUCAAUGAGAAUUGUUUUUGAUGACGAAAUGGGAAUCAAUGCCGAAAUGAAAGAUGAUGGGCUCGAAGUUACUCCUGCCAACAGCGCGGUUCUCCGUGAGAUGAAGCAGGCUAUCCUUGAUUUCGAAGGAGACUCCUCUAAGCAACGCGAGAAGGACUACGAAAAAGACAGAAAGGAGGGCUUGAUGGAGAAGAUCGGACGGGAAGUCGAAUCCGAGGGCUUCUUGAAACAAGUCCUUCUCCCCGAAGAAAACGGCAUCAAGUUUGAAAAGUUGGACGUUAUGUCCGUUCUUUCCACCAGCCGAACCUGGUUCCACCUUUCUCUAAGCCCAAGCGAUGGAACAUCUGCUCCAGAUUCCCGUGCCAUGUCCCUUUCCACCCAAGCCGGCUGGUCUGCAGCUACCGUCUCCCGACAAAUCAGAGCUUGGAGAUUGGUAGAGUGGUCCAACCGCAGGAACAAGCGUCUUGACUUCACAGCCGACUUUGAUUUUGACGAAAUCUACCAGAGAUACAACAUGCUCGGCUGCCUCUCUGGCCGUGAUGGUGUUGAGACCUGGGUUAUUGAGAAAGGGUGGAGCAACGGGGAAGCCGUUGUCGGUAAGGAGAGGGUUUGGAUGAGCGAAUCCGCCUGGUGGCAAGUGGAGUCGAUGCUUGACAUUAGACCCGGGAUGGGAAUGGGUACGAUGGGCCCUGGGUACGCUGAAACCCCAGGAUCUUUUAACGCCCUUUCUCGCAACAAUAGCGGUUUCUUCCCACCCAUGGGAUCUAACGGCCUCAUGGCACAAGGCGAGAGCCGUGACAACUUGCUCAACAGUGUUGCCUCGCAAAGUGGUGACAAUCCCGCAACCGGCCUCAUUAAUAGACCCAUGUCCAUGGCUCCUCCUCGCGCUCUUGGUGUCGCCGAUAAAGGUGAAAAGGAGAUCGAUUCUGGAUACAAUCCAGAGACUCUCAAGGACGAAGAAAUCGCCAAAAAGGUCAAGAUUCAAAAGGCACCACGAACCAUUGGUCGCCGUGUCUGGGUUGCUUUCGUCUGGGCUAUGACUUUCUGGAUUCCCUCUAUCUUACUCCGAUAUGUCGGCCGUAUGCGAAGACCAGACGUCCGAUUUGCCUGGAGAGAAAAAGUUGUUCUUUUCUUCUGGAUCUUGGUUGCAAACGGUGCUCUCGUCUUCUACAUUGUUGGUCUCGCUGAUGUCGUCUGUCCGGAAUCGAAAAACACAUUCAGUGUUAAAGAAGUUGGAUACCAUACAGAUGAAAACGACUUUUGGGUUGCGAUCAACGGAACGGCUUACGAUAUCACGAAAUUUUGGCGUAUCGACCAUAGCGAUACUGACACCCCUGUCCUCGGCGCGACAAUGAAAGCGGUCGCCGGAAUGGACCUUACUGCCUACUUCCAAAUGCCUCUUACCGUUGCCUGUCCAGGGGUGGUGGAUGAUGACACUGUCUACCUCCGAUUCAAUAACACUAACGCCAUUGAGCAACCUACCGUCGAGCAUCUCAUCGGAAACAGACAGCCUGAUCGACGUUCUGUCCUUUUCAACAAGAACUGGUACCAAGACCGCUUCAAGCCCAAGAUCAAGGAAUACUACAAGGGACGUGUUGUCUAUAAAAAGGAAGAUGUUGCCAGCGAGGGUUUGAGAUACUCUCGCAACUGGUUCAUUCUCGAUGGCCACAUCUACGAUCUUACAAACUACUUCUACUCCCAAAAAUUGAUCGGUGACCGUUACUUCAAUUUCUUCAACGAAUCAUUCACUGAUAUUGUUCAAUCCAACCCCGGUGGCGAUAUUUCUACCCAGUUCCGAGAUAACCUCGGACCAAACCGUCAGCGCAACUACCGCAAUUGCUUGGACAAUGCUUUCCACAUUGGUACUCUCGACGUCAGGGACUCCGCUCGAUGCAAGGUCCAAGGUUACAUUCUGCUCUCCUUGGCCGUUGUUCUCUGUUCCGUCAUUGGUAUCAAGUUUCUUGCUGCUCUCCAACUUGGAGGAAAGAAGUCCCCAUCUAUGCAAGACAAGUUCGUUAUCUGCCAAGUUCCCGCGUAUACCGAAGGUGAAGACUCCCUGCGGAAAGCCAUCGACUCCCUAACCGCUCUGAACUAUGAAAACAAACGUAAGCUCAUGUUCAUCAUUUGCGACGGAAUGGUUAUCGGUGGCGGAAACGACCAGGCUACACCCCAAAUCAUCCUUGACAUCCUCGGCGUUGAUCCUAGCGUUAACCCUCCAGCUCUCCCUUUCAAGAGUGUUGGCGAAGGUUCUAAGCAACUCAAUUAUGGCAAGGUUUACUCUGGUUUGUAUGAAUACGAAGGUCGGGUUGUUCCUUAUAUCGUCGUCGUUAAAGUCGGCAAGGAAUCAGAGACCUCCAAACCCGGCAAUCGUGGUAAGCGUGACUCGCAGGUUCUUCUCAUGGACUUCUUGAACAAGGUUCACCACCGCACUCCCAUGUCUCCACUUCAGCUCGAACUCUUCCACCAAAUCAACAAUGUCAUCGGUGUGGAUCCUGAACUUUACGAGUACUUGCUCAUGGUUGAUGCCGAUACUUGCGUCCGCGAGGACUCGUUGAACCGUUUGAUUUCUGCUUGUGCCAAUAACGCAAAGAUUGCUGGUAUUUGUGGUGAAACCUCUUUGGAAAACGAAGAGCAGAGUUGGUGGACUAUGAUCCAGGUUUACGAAUACUAUAUCUCCCAUCAUCUUGCCAAAUCCUUCGAAUCUCUCUUCGGAUCCGUCACCUGUCUUCCCGGAUGUUUCUGCAUGUACCGUCUUAGAACUGCCGACAAGGGCCGCCCAUUGAUCAUCUCUAGCAAGGUCAUUGACGAAUACUCCGAUGGCAAUGUUGACACUCUCCACAAGAAAAAUCUGUUGUCCCUUGGUGAGGAUCGUUUCUUGACUACUUUGAUGACCAAGCAUUUCCCACAUAUGAGCUUCAAAUUUAUUCCCGACGCAUAUGCUCUUACCGCUGCCCCCGAAACCUGGAGCGUCUUGCUUUCCCAGAGACGUCGUUGGAUCAAUUCUACAAUCCACAACUUGGUUGAAUUGAUGUGGCUGAAGGAUAUGUGUGGUUUCUGUUUGUUCUCCAUGAGAUUCAUUGUCUUCAUCGAUCUUGCUGGUACCAUUAUGCUUCCGUCUACUUGUGCCUACAUUGUCUAUCUUAUCUACCAGGCUGCCAAUCCUACCGGUCAAUUCCCCCAGAUCUCGCUUAUCAUGAUUGCUGUUGUCUACGGUCUUCAAGCUCUCAUUUUCUUGAUCAAACGUCAAUGGCAGCACAUCGGAUGGAUGAUUAUCUACAUUCUAGCCUACCCGGUUUACUCCUUCAUCCUUCCAAUGUACUCUUUCUGGAAGCAAGACGAUUUCUCAUGGGGUUCCACCCGUAUCGUUGUUGGCGAGGCUGGUGACAAGAAGAUCGUUGCUGUCGAAGAGGAAGAGUUCGAUCCUGCUUCCAUCCCACUUCAAACAUGGGAUGACUAUGCCGCUCAGAAUAGUCUCCCUGGCCGAAGAGUCGCCACCCAUGUUGAAAAGUACUAUGACGACGCUGGUGGUCACGGCCACGGAUACGAGAUGGAUGACAUGCAGAGCGUUUACUCUUCUGUUAAGCCCGCUAGCACCCUUCACUUUGGAGGAAACCCAUACUUGGCACCACACCCACACAGCCCAUCACCCCUUGGUCGAAACUCGGUUCGCCAGAGCUCUUACUCGAAUUUUAAUAGAAGCGCGAGUCCGAGCCGGGCGAUGAGCCAGGCUGGUGAUUACUGGGCAGAGACACACGGUGGUAACGGACGCAGCGAGGGUAACUUGCUUUCGCCGUCACCAAGUCCUGGAUUCCAGAGAGCACUUAGCGGCUAUGCUGGGUCGAGGCCGGCAAGUAGCGUGCUUGAUUUCCAGAGGGGUCUUCAGGGACCAGACGAUGCCACCAUCACGGCCGUCGUGAGGGAUUGUCUAAAUGCGGUUGAUUUGGAUACAGUAACGAAGAAGCAGGUCAGGGCACUCGUCGAGCAGAGAUUGCAGACUGAGUUGACAGGGGACAGAAGGAAGUUCUUGGAUUCACAGAUUGAUAUACAACUAUCGCAAAUGUAA